AUGCCUGCUCGCACUGCCGACAUUCCAGAAGAUGUCCAGACCGCCAGACAGGUCGAUGGCUUUGGCCUUAAGCCCAGAGUGUCUAGGGCCCCUACGAGCCCGACCAAAAAGGACGAAAGAACAAAGGCUCAGGAUGUGGCAGAAUUAAAGGACUAUCAAUUGGGUGACUGUCUGGGCAAAGGUGCUUUCGGUUCCGUGUACCGGGCCUUGAACUGGGGAACUGGCGAGACUGUCGCUGUGAAGCAGAUCAAGCUGGCGGAUUUGCCCAAGAGUGAGCUCAGGGUUAUCAUGCUGGAGAUAGAUCUGCUCAAGAACCUCGACCACCCCAACAUCGUCAAGUACCAUGGUUUUGUCAAGACCCCCGAAACGCUCAACAUAAUUUUGGAAUAUUGUGAAAAUGGGUCUCUACAUUCAAUAUCCAAGAACUUUGGUCGGUUCCCGGAAAACCUGGUGGCACUUUACAUGUCCCAAGUGCUUCAAGGAUUGGUUUACUUGCACGAACAAGGUGUAAUACAUCGAGACAUCAAAGGAGCCAACAUCUUAACCACCAAGCAGGGGCUGGUCAAACUUGCAGACUUUGGGGUUGCCAGUCGGACAACGGGUCUUCACGAGUCCAGUGUCGUUGGAACUCCCUAUUGGAUGGCACCCGAGGUUAUUGAAUUGACUGGAGCAACGACAGCUUCCGAUAUCUGGAGUCUGGGAUGCACAGUGAUUGAGCUUCUAGACGGGAAACCACCAUAUCAUACCCUCCAGCCCAUGCCGGCGCUGUUCCGGAUUGUGAAUGACGACCACCCUCCUCUGCCACAAGGUGCAUCCCCAUCGGUCCUCGACUUUCUGAUGCAAUGCUUUCAAAAAGACCCCAACCUGCGCGUCUCUGCCAGGAAGUUGUUGAGACAUCCUUGGAUUGUCAACGCCAGAAGAACCGACGCGGUCAAACCGAAAAACCCGACCGAAUAUACCGAGGCCGUCAAGAGUGUUCAGGAAUGGAACGAUGCGCUGAAAGAUUCUCCCAAUGGCAAUUCUCUCAGAAAGAAUUCCAACGCUUCUACCGGCAGCCCGACACCUUCUUCGGCAAAGGAAUCUCUUCGACCCAUCAAGUCCCAGAUCAAAGCCGCUGGUCCAUUACUCAACAAAGAGGACAAUACGACUCGAUUCCAGUCUCUGGAGGACGAGGACAACUGGGAUGAUGAUUUUGCCACCACCAUUUCGCCCAGCACAUUCCAGCUACCCCAUCUUCGACCUCACGAUAACUUUGGGGGGAUGCUGUCCUCUGAAAGAUUGAAGGCGUUCGCAGCGGUCGAAAAUGCGAUGGGAAAGGAGAAUGAGGCUACGGAAGAUCAGGACUCGACCUUGAAGGCCUCUGCCGCCAAUGCCGAAUCGAUUAGAACUGUUCGACUGGCAACCUCCAAAAAGCCCGAAGCCCGGCAUGCUCGCAACAAAUCCGAAGCUCCGCCAAAGGGCAAAAGCAAGCCCAUACAGACUCCUCGAAAAGCUUCGUUACCAUCAUCACGACAAGCCACCAAUCUUUCCAAGAAUAAAGCUCCACUGCCCAAGGUUCCACAGAAUGAACCACCCACUCGACGGUACCGAGAAAGUUCGGUGGAAGAUUUCUCCGACAUUAUCGACGGGAAUGAACUGGCUCUGGAUACGAAGUUGGGAAUGAUGCGACUGGAUGAUGAGGCACCAUCGAAAAUUCUAAAUUCGCCGAGCGUGACGGAUUUGAUGCAGAGUAUGAGACCCCCAAGAGCUGGAGGAAGUCUGAAGAGGGCGCCUGUGCCUAGAAACAAGUUGUCGAUGCGGAGGACGAGAUCUUCGAUUGAGAUUCAACGUUUCGCCGAGAACGAGGAGGACGAAGACUUUUCCGACGUGCUCGCACAGACAGCCGCAGUGUUCGAGAAACCCGACAGUGAAGAUGGGUCCGAGUUGAUGUUGAAUUCGAAAAUGUCCAAUCUGUCCUGGCUGCCGGACGGCGAAGACGACGAUGACCCGUUCGCGCAACUCGAAGAAGGUCUGCCUGAAGUGGACCUUGAAUCCAACAUUGCUCGCGACAAGCAUGCCCGGCUAAGGAGCGAGGUGGAAGUUUUGGUUGGGCGGCUCAAAGUCAUGCAGGAUGAUGAUGCCCUGUUACAGAUUUCUGAAGAGUUGAUGAACUUUUUUGACAUCUUCUCGGAAACGAAAAGUGUCAUUAUCAGUGCACAUGGAGUGCUCCCGAUUCUGGAAAUCCUGGAGGAUUGUAUGCGUCUUGAUAUCGUGCUUAACCUGCUGAAGAUUGUCAACGCCAUCAUCUUCAAUGACGAAGAAGUUCAGGAAAACCUUUGUUUUGUCGGCGGAAUCCCCAAAAUCAACAAAUUCGCGUCGAAGAAGUUCCCUCGAGAGAUUCGAUUAGAGGCUGCUGCUUUUGUUCGGCAAAUGUAUCAGACGUCAACACUGAUACUCCAAAUGUUUGUCAGUGCCGGCGGCUUGACGAUAUUGGUUGAUUUUCUGGAAGACGAUUAUGAUGACGACCGGGAAUUGGUGCUUAUUGGGGUCAAUGGAAUCUGGAGCGUCUUUGAGUUGCAAGGAUCUACUCCCAAGAACGACUUUUGCAGAAUCCUCUCACGGAACUCGGUAUUGGAACCAUUGUCACUCGUCCUGAACCGAGUAUUGAAUGAACCAUCAGAUUCUGGAGACCAAAAGGAACUGGCUGCCUUGUGCGAAGGUCGGAUAGCCAGCAUUUUCUUUGUCUUCUCGCAAGCCGAGAACUAUGUCAAGGAACUCGUGGCGGAAAGGACGGUCUUACAUCGUGUUCUCAAGAAUCUUAAAAAGAUGACGCCGGCACAUCAGGUCACCAUGUUGAAGUUCAUCAAAAACCUGUCCAUGUUGUCCACGACAUUGGAUGCGCUACACAAUUCCAACGCGAUCGAUGUCCUGGCCGAACUCCUGAGCAACAGCAUGAACAAACCACAUUUUAGAGAGAUGUCGAAUCAGAUCUUGAACACGAUUUACAAUCUUUGUCGGUUAUCGAAGCGACGGCAAGAGGACGCCGCUCUUGUCGGUAUCAUACCCAUCCUCAUCAAGAUUGUCAAGCAAGAAAAGACCCCGGUCAAGGAAUUCGCCCUGCCAAUUUUGUGUGACAUGGCUCAUUCAACGAGGGCUGCGCGCCGUGAACUCUGGCAAAACAAGGGAUUGGCGUUCUAUGUUUCGUUGUUGUCUGAUCCAUAUUGGCAGGUGACAGCCCUCGACGCCAUCUUCACAUGGCUCCAGGAAGAGACCGCUCGAGUGGAAGACCAUCUUCUGGAGAACCAGAAUUUCACCUCGGCCAUUGUCGCCGCCUUGACCAGCAGCAAGUCGACUGCGUUUGAAAACCUUCUGGAGCCUCUACAAAAGCUGCUCAGACUAUCUCCGCCCCUUGCCGCCUCUAUGGCAAGGAGUCCGCAGUUGUUCGACACUUUGGGUCAAAGACUGGGUCACACUAAACCAGCCAUUCGUCUCAAUCUACUUCGCAUAAUCGGCAGCAUUUGCGACUCGACAGAAGAAGGCUGUUUCCUCCUCGAGCAGUGUGGUCUAUACGACGUGAUUCGUGAAUUAUCCUUCUCCGACUCGGCAGUCUUGGUUCGGAGCAUGGCAGGAGAGCUUAUCCGCUCAUGUGAGGAAACGGACAAUGUCAGUAUUAAGAGUGGCCAAGGAGGCACCACGGCGGCCAAUGUUGGUCGACGGAAACAUCCCGGCUUUCAACGCCGCACGAGCUCCACCACUCCUCCGCAUCUUCUCGACCGUCAAAUGAGUAUGCCUACUUCUCCUCAGCUGGGCCGUUCUGAGCGUGCGAGCAUCACCAUGUUUGAUGCUCCCGGUGCCCAGACUCCACGAAGGCAGCGCAACGGUAUGUAUGUCAAUGGUGCCAGUGUGAUGCGGCCGGCGAGUCGGGAUGGGUCCACAUACACGCGAGAAAACUCACCUGCACUCCCAAUGGCAAGUCUCACGAGAGCGAACACUGCCAGUACGGUGACGGAGACGACAGUGAACAAGAGCAGACUCCCGCGACAGUCUACGGCAACGCCCGUUAUAGCGGGUCAUCAUCGUCUUUCAAGGCAGAGUACGCGUGAAAGUAUGGUCGGGUCGGCCAGGGGGUCAGGCCCGGGACCUACCGACAAAGAGGUCAAAACACGCGCUCACCAAUCGUCACACAGCCAGAGCAGCGGGCGAAACACUCCAACGACUCUGACGCCGGUGGUGGAAGGGAGGUUCCGUCGACAUGGCCAGUCGAGCAGCCUGAGUCAGAGCCAGACGUCUGGAUUGACGAAUAAUAAUAACAAUACCGGCAAUCAGAACAAUCAGCAUGUGUCGCGUCCAGGAUCGCAGCAGACUCAAAGACCAGAGGUCACAGUAGCGAGACGGACCACGGCUCGGCGGCAAGGGGCUGGAGACGACCGCUGGGGCUAG